AUGAUACGCUUAUACAUACUUCUUUGCCUCUUACCAUGCCUCCUCCUAACCGCUCCGUUUGCUCAUGCUGCCCUCUUGCCCCGCCUCAAAACUUCAUUCAAGCUACCAGGUGCCAUCUUUACUGAGCCUGAAACCAGAUCUCUCAAAGUAGUCCCGUUCAAAGAGCUUCCUGGGAAAUCUCAUCAUGGCCAUCGACUUCAUCAUACUCUCAGUCUGGUGAAGCGACUGGUCGAAGACCAGGGCGAUAUGGUUGAAGUUACUGAGGAAGCUCUGGAGGAGCUGCUGGAACAGAUCAACAGGCUUCAUGACCAAGUCAACGGCAUGAUGCCUUCAGGUGCGCCGGAUAGCCAGUCUUCUCGUGAAACAGGUGCCUCAUCAAACGGUCAGCCGGGCCAGUUACCUGCGGGUUCUUCUGAUGGAUCUUCCAGUGAUGGUCAGCCCGAACAGCUACCUGAGCAGUCACCUAAAGCUGAAGUUCCUGACGCCGCGGAUGUUCCUGGUCCGUCUGAAGUUCCUGUAGUCUCUGAGCCCUCUCUGCGACCGGAGUUGCCUGAACCAACAGAUGAAGGUGGUACUGUUCGCGAGCCACCUCCAGGUGCACCGGAUCAACCAAGCGUACCUGGCCAGUCACAGACAAAGGGGCUUGAUAGACAGGCUGGCUCGGCACUGGCCCCAACAGCUGUAAAUCCUACUCAGGCAGCGAACGACAAACUUACCAAUCCCCCUAGCGAGGCCGAACCCGAAGAGUCGCCUGGUGACGGUGAAGCUGUGGCUUUGACAGAGUCUGUAGAUGCCUCUGGAAACGGGGGUACUCUUCAGUCUGACAACCUGCCCAACAAUGCUGUAGCCCAACCCACAGGCAAUGCUCAGAAUCCGACUGGGAUACAAACCAACACGGCACAAGACGUCAGACCUACCGAAGAGCCCCAAGAUGAAGACUCCAGUUCUGAUUCUAGCGACGCCGAUACAGAAGAGCCCAGUGCUUUGCCCGGAGGCGCAUUCGUUGAGAGUCCUGAUGGUAUACUUCAGACACUUUCCAGCGAUGUUGCAUCUGCGGAACAGACUGGUGAUCUAGCAUAUGAGGAAAACCAGGAAUCGUCGCCGCCAGAUGACGAGUGUGUUGAAGAUGAAGAAGUAAGUGGUCUCCCCGGCACAAUUAGAAACCCUAACUGCACACCAGGUAAUAGGCCAUCCGCGAACGACCCUACGCAAGACGCUUCAGCAAACCCGACUCUAGUCGCUACCGCAGAGACAAGCCUGGCUCAGGUAGCUGUUGCAGCCUCUGAACUUGCGACUCUAGAACCGACAAAAGGAGACUCCCCCGUGGCUACCAAAGCCAAAGGGCCAGCCCCGGCACUGGAAACGGAAGCCACAUCGACGCCAACUAUCAAUGCUGUAGACUUGGAACAACUUGCUGCACCUACCUUGAUAGCUAGCCCCCCUACCGCUUCCAACCCUGAGCCGUCGACCGCGGCGCAGCUUUCAGUAGAGCAGACAUCUCCGAGCCUGAGAACUUUGGUGUUUACUUCCGUGAUUACAAGAUCCUCAACUAUCAAAAUAACUACCACUCGCACGGAGUUCGUCGACGCAAACGAGCCCACUCGGUCUUUCAAGGCCCCUGGCCAUGUUUUCAAGGAGGACGAAGAUGCAGGUGCAGCUUUCAACAAAGAUGGAAAGCUUGCUGCGGAGGACAGUGACGACGAAGAUACGCCAGGUAUUAACACAAUAGAUAGUACAAGAAGAACGAAUGCUGAUCAUUUUGCAGAAGCACCCCUUCAAGGAACUUCCCUCAAUACCGAAAUCGCGCCAGAGAUCACAUCCCUCAGUACCACGACAAUGGCUAUGACAACGACAAUUAGUUUGAGUUAUCGAAGCACCAUGCCGACUCCAGAGGCCACUCAGAACCUUAUGCCUGCUUUGGUACCAUCCGCUAUCAUACGUGGUAAUGGGACAUACGAUACGACACCUACCAGCGGGUUCAAGACCAUCAGGUCGACAGCCAGUAUGGCAGAGAGGGCACUGAUUUAG